AUGUCAAAGGCUCUCCUAGGUGGCCUGUCGGCGAUCCUCGUCGUGGCGGUGGUCGUCGGCGUGGUGGCCACCGUCACCCGCUCCGGCAAGAAGGCCGGCGACAACUUCACCGUCCCAGGGGAGGCCUCCCUCGCCACCUCCGGCAAGUCGGUCAAGUCGCUGUGCGCGCCGACGCUGUACAAGGAGUCGUGCGAGAAGACGCUCUCGCAGGGCAACAAUGGCACGGAGAACCCCAAGGACGUGUUCCACAGCGUCGCCAAGGUGGCGCUCGAGUCGGUCAAGUCGGCCGUGGAGCACUCCAAGGCCAUCGGCGAGGCCAAGGCCAAGGACUCCAUGACCGAGGGCGCGCGCGAGGACUGCAAGAACCUCCUCGAGGACGCGGUCGACGACCUCAAGGGCAUGCUCGAGAUGGCCGGCGGCGACAUCAAGGUGCUCUUCAGCCGCUCCGACGACCUCGAGACCUGGCUCACCGGCGUCAUGACGUUCAUGGACACCUGCAUCGACGGCUUCGUCGACGAGAAGCUCAGGGCCGACAUGCACACCGUGCUGCGCAACGCCACCGAGCUCAGCAGCAACGCGCUCGCCAUCACCAACAGCCUCGGCGGGCUCCUCAAGAAGAUCGACCUGGACAUGUUCAAGAAGGACUCGCGGCGCCGCCUGCUGUCGGAGCAGGACGAGAAGGGCUUCCCCGUGUGGAUGAGGUCCCCGGAGAGGAAGCUGCUGGCGGCGGGCAACCAGCCCAAGCCGAACGCGGUGGUGGCCCAGGACGGCAGCGGCCAGUUCAAGUCCAUCCAGCAGGCCAUAAACGCCAUGCCCAAGGCCUACACGGGGAGGUACGUCAUCUACGUGAAGGCCGGCCUCUACGACGAGAUCGUCAUGAUCCCCAAGGACAAGGUCAACAUCUUCAUGUUCGGCGACGGGCCCAAGCGCAGCCGUGUCACCGGCCGCAAGAGCUUCGCCGACGGCAUCACCACCAUGAAGACCGCCACCUUCUCCAUCGAGGCGUCCGGGUUCAUCUGCAAGAACAUGGGGUUCCACAACACCGCCGGCGCGGAGCGGCACCAGGCGGUGGCGCUCCGGGUGCAGGGCGACCUCGCGGCCUUCUACAACUGCCGGUUCGACGCGUUCCAGGACACGCUGUACGUGCACGCCCGGCGCCAGUUCUUCCGCAACUGCGUCAUCUCCGGGACCAUCGACUUCAUCUUCGGCAACUCGGCGGCGGUGUUCCAGAACUGCCUCAUCAUCACGCGGCGGCCCAUGGACAACCAGCAGAACUCGGUGACCGCGCACGGCCGCACCGACCCCAACAUGAAGUCCGGGCUCGUCAUCCAGAACUGCCGCCUGGUGCCGGACCAGAAGCUCUUCCCCGACCGCUUCAAGAUCCCCUCCUACCUGGGCCGGCCCUGGAAGGAGUUCUCGCGCCUCGUCAUCAUGGAGAGCACCAUCGCCGACUUCAUCAAGCCCGAGGGGUACAUGCCCUGGAACGGCGACUUCGGGAUCAAGACGCUCUACUACGCCGAGUACAACAACCGCGGCCCCGGCGCCGGCACCAGCAUGAGGGUCAAGUGGCCGGGGUUCCGCGUCAUCACGCGGCAGGAGGCCGCACAGUUCACCGCCGGGCCGUUCAUCGACGGCGCGAUGUGGCUCAAGUUCACCGGCACGCCCAACAUCCUCGGGUUCAAGUUCUGA